UUGAAGUGACGUGACCAACACUGUGCAGUUCUAGAAAAUUGAUUAUUGAUAACUAUUCGGUAGUUGGUGCCAGUGACGAUGCCGCGACCUUCGCGUGAAUCGUACGGUGAUCAAAAACCACCUUACUCGUACAUAUCUUUGACGGCAAUGGCAAUUUGGAGCUCUCCAGAACGUAUGUUGCCUUUGUCCGAAAUUUACCGGUUUAUUAUGGACCGGUUUCCAUACUACCGACGGAAUACUCAGCGCUGGCAGAACUCUCUGAGACACAAUCUUUCUUUUAACGAUUGUUUUGUGAAAGUGCCAAGACGACCCGAUCGUCCUGGAAAAGGCGCUUAUUGGACCUUGCACCCUCAAGCAUUUGACAUGUUUGAGAAUGGGUCACUGUUGCGCCGUCGUAAGAGGUUCAAGCUUCAGAAAGGUGAGAAAGACAAUCUGAAUGCAGAAUUAGCCGCACUAGCUAGUUUCAACAGAGCUUUUUUGGCGCGUCAAGCUGGAGCACCGCCACCACCACCUCCUCUACCAACCGCGAGUUUGUACACACCACCUAUGUGUCCACAAUUAAGUCCUGAACCGGCUGAGCUACCAGAGGCAGCGUCGAUAACAAUAUUGCCAAGGGAAAGACCGCGCAGAGCGUUUACAAUAGACGCUUUACUAGAGCCAGAACCGCCGCGGGCGUCUCCAUCUCCACCAAAUCAUCUGCUUGCAAUGCAGGCUGUUCAAGUGAUGCCGCAGAUGGAGUUUACCAUGCCAUCUCCAUACGUGCUGGCUGCUCAGCGGUAUCAAGCUGAACUUCUGCAGGCGGCGGCGCAUGCUUUACGCCCGUGCUAUCUACUUCCACCUCCACUGCCGGUAGCGUGACAUCACCGUUCUCCCGCGAACUGCUCCAAUAUCUCGUGCAAUGUUAGGUUGUAAGUACAGUAUUAAUUUAAAAAAAAUAAACUAUAUACAAAUUUCAAUCUCUAAAGAACGUGAAAGGACCGAAAUAAAUAAACAAUAAAGUUACAAUUCGUUUUAUAUUAAAAUUGUAGAUGCACUUUUAUCGAAAAAAUGUGAAGAAAAGUUUUAUAAAUAAUCAUAAAAUCGUUUAAACUUAGUGUUGUAUGAUGCGUUCUGCAGCGCCGCGACGGGAGGCCUAAAUGGUACUUAACUGGCAACUGCCCACGCUGAAUAACUCGAAAUAUUUCUGUAAAAGUAGCGUUAAUAUUAGUGAUCUCAUUUGUAGAUAUUUAUAAAGAGUAAAAUAGGAAUAUUUAAUACAAUUUUAUUUAUUAAUGUCGCGAUGUAUGUGCUAUUAUUAUAUAGUAUAAGUGUGUAAAUAUUCAUAUGAGAUAUAUUUGUAAAUGUUGCAUGAAAAAUCGUCAGUCAUGUUAAUUGAAAGAACAAAGAAUUGUUAUUUAUUUUCGCUUUAUUGUUACUUGUAGAUAAUAGGUAUACAUUACUGUAAAUAUUGUUUUCAUUGUUAU